CUAUACAAACAAGAAACAAAAGUUUUCUUUUUUGUAUUAAAAGCGUAUAACAUUAUCACAGUCUGGAGAUACCCGUGUAAUUUACGCGCGCUUUAACACACAUGUCGUCCCCUAUGGGAUGCGUAUCAAACUAACUGCAAUACUAUAUUUGAAUCUUUUUACAAAUCGAUACAUCGAAAGUCGACAUUUCCAAUUACACCGGUAUGAGACGCAUUUUUCGUGUAUAUAUCAGUGUGGAAACAUAUACGAGAUAAAUUAUUAUUUUUUCGUGUAUAUUAUUAUAAUUUUAAUAUUAGUAUAUAAUUUCGUAACGCGAUAUUGCUUUUAUUAAAUAUUAAAAGUUUAUAUUGCAACGUUAAAAAAUGUCUAAGAUAUUCACGCCGACGAACCAAAUAAGAUUGACGAAUGUUGCAAUUGUGCGAAUGAAAAAAACUGGCAAAAGAUUCGAAAUAGCAUGUUACAAAAAUAAAGUAAUUUCAUGGAGAAAUAAACUAGAAAAAGAUAUAGACGAAGUGCUUCAAACUCACACGGUUUUUACAAACGUAUCUAAAGGUCAAGUAGCCAAAAAGGAAGACCUUGUAAAAUCAUUUGGUACAGACGAUCAGACAGAAAUUUGCAAAACAAUUCUUGAAAAAGGUGAACUCCAAGUUUCUGAUAAAGAAAGACAUCUAGCACUAGAUUCCAUGUUCAAAGAUAUUGCUACUACGAUUGCUGAUAAAUGUGUAAAUCCAGAGUCAAAGAGACCAUAUCCAGUAUCGAUGAUAGAAAAGGCUAUGAAAGAUGUACAUUUUUCAGUUAAACCCAAUAGAAAUGCGAAACAGCAAGCUCUAGACGUUAUUCCACAACUUAAGGCUGUUAUGCCAUUAGAACGAGCACAGAUGAGACUAAAAGUUACAAUAUCUGGCAAAGAAGCAAGAAAGUUAAGAGAAAAAAUUAUUAAAUUAGCAACAAAAAUGGAAAGCGAAAAUUGGGACAAUGGAACAUUAGAUUUAAUCUGUCUGAUAGAUCCUGGUCAGUUUAGAGAAAUAGAUGAACUAGUAAGAUCUGAAACAAAGCGUACUGGAUUACUAGAAUUGCUUAAUUUAAAAGAAAUUGCAGAAGGAGAUGAAGUUUUAGAAUAAAUUAUAGAAAACAAAAAGUAAAGAUACUUUUAAUUAUAUAAAAUGAAUCUUGCUCUAACUUGUUAAAAAAGUAGUGCAUAGAAAUGUUACAUCUUGUAUUGUACAAGUUCUGGUGCUAUAAGAUUUAAAAUAUAAAUGUAUUAUUUAAUUCUGCUUUUACAUUAUAACUAUCAUAAUGUAAACAUUCAUAGAACUUUUUAUGUAUUUAUUAGAUAACUCAGCUAAAAAACUUAUUUACAAUUAAAUAUACAAAUAACUUUUAUUAAUAAU